CUAGAAAGCACACACAAUAGCCCUAGUCAUCAGCGCAAUGGCCCUAAACGCAGCGCCCGAGCGCCGCUCUAGCACUGUCUCCUGAGAGCGCUGCCUGCGUAGGACGAGAGCUGUGCUCCAGUUUGUACACAGCUCUCCGAGCCAUGGCAGAGGCCCUCGCCACCCUCUCCCUGCAAGAAGACGCCUCAAAAAAACAAAAAGCAACAUUAUACAUCGUCAGCCCCUCGGGCAAGCCCGUCUGGUGCAGCGACGGCGGCGUGGACCCCGGGCGCCUCGCGACGACGUCCGCCGUCGUGAGCGCGUGCGUCGCGAUCGCAUCAAUAAAUGAGAUCGACGCCGGCGACCGUAAAAUUGUGAUUGAUAGACGAGGAGAACUCAUCUUCGUGGCGAGCGGCGUCCGCGAGAGCGCCGCGGCGCUGCGCCGCUGCACGGCCGCGGCGCACGACGCCGUGCUCUCGAGCCUGACGGACAAGAUCCACGCCGCGCUCAAGCAGCGGCCGAACGCCGACGUCGCGGCGUUGUUAGGCAGUGCGAAGCUCGUGUUGGCCGGCCUGGCGCGGUCGUGGGACCGGUCUCUAUCCAUCCUAGGGCCGCUCGGCCUCGCGACGGAGAGCGUAUCUACGGUGCCGCUGGAACGGCGCGUCCGCAAAGCUAUUCAGAGGGAGCUGAAGGACGCGGUCGCCUCGUUGAAACCGGUGCCCGUCGUCUGCGCCGCCCUGCUCUGGAAGAACCGCCUCGCGGGCCUGGCGAAGCCUAGGACCGUUUCACUGGAAACGCGCGACGUGGCGACGCUCGUCAACUUUCUGAGUUCGCAGCGGAGCGCGCUCUCGAGUGGGGCCGCCGCGUGGACGCCCGUGUGCCUGCCCGUGUUGGGAUCGCAGGGCUUUUUGCAUGCCUACGUCGCGGGCCUCGGGGACGACGCCGUGCUGGCGCUGGUCGGCGCGGCGCCGGACGCCUUCGAGCGGUUCCACGCGAGCCGCGCGCGGCUCGAGGCCGCGCUCCUCGAGGCUGGGGCGUGCCGGGCGGUGUGGAAAUUAACCAACGCGGAGAUCUUCGUCGCGUCGAUGGCGUGGGGCACCUAAAUUCUAUGUCCACGCAGGUUCCAGGCGCUCCGCGACGCGACCAACGACCUGCCGCCGGACGUGUGUGGCGGUUGCGAGCACGCGGCCGUCGUCUUUGAGCGGGACGGCACGAAGCUGUGCCUCUGCGCGCCCGGCGGCGACGCGGCCGCGUCGCGCGAGUACGACCGCCUCGUGGAUCGGUGCCGCGGCGAGCGCGGCGCGCUGGCCUGCGCCGCCGCCGGCGGCCGGACCUACGCGUGCGCGCCGCGCGGGCGGUACCUGGUCUUCGCCACGCUCCGCGGGCGCGUCCCGACGGCCGAGGUCGUCGACGCGCUCGCCGCGCUCCAGGAGCGCGCGGAGCGAAGCGACCUGAUAAUGUGAUGUUGCU